AUGAAUGAUGGUUUCUCGCAAGAUGCAUGGGAUCGUGUGCUGUCGGCCAGCGAGCGCCUUACUUCCGUGAAAGCAGAACUAUUUGGAGUAGCGCUCGGGAGUGAAUAUGUACCGGAGAGACUGGAACGCUAUAUUGCCCGUACGAUCGAUUAUAAGGGAUGGCUCGAAGAGAAGUUCUUAAACGAUGUUGUCUCGCUGCUCAAAGGUGAAAAGGACUGUCCUGAAACGGAAGCUCAUAGAGAGAGCCAUACUCCACAACGUCAGUCGGACGAGUGUGCCGGCCCAGGUUUGGAAUUGGUCGUCAUUUUCGAUAACACCGAGAAGAAUAUUCGCAAGGCGUGA